AUGCUGAAAGAGUCCGACAAGCACGUUUCACAAACGCAAACGGCAAUAUUCCUUGAUCUGGAGGAAGAGAGACGUGUGAAAAGAAAAAUCGAUUGUGUUGUCCUUCCACUGAGUUCAGACCUUGACAAGCAGAGCUUAAGCUAUGCCAGCGUGUUUGGAAUGAUAGAAGACCUAGAUCUCCAUGGUACACAGUUUUCAUGGCUGGGAUCUAUCUUCUAUGUUGGGCAGCUGGUAGCAGAGUUUCCAGCUAUGUACCUGAUGAGCCGCUUGCCGCUGGCUAGAUUCGUUGCUUGUACAGUGAUCCUGUGGGGAGGGAUAUGUAUGUGUCUGGCAGCAGCGACGUCUUUCCCGUCCUUUAUGGCAGUGCGGUUUUGUCUGGGCUUGGCUGAAGGCGCCGUAUCACCGGCUUUCGUUACCCUAACCAGUAUCUGGUACAAAAAGAAGGAACAUCCCAUGCGUAUAGGUUUGUGGAUCAGUUGUAACGGGCUCGCUCAGAUUGUCGGGGCACUGAUGAUGUACGGAAUCGGUCAUCAAACAAUGGAUAUUGCCCAGUGGAAAGCCAUGUUCCUCAUAUGUGGUGGUCUAACGAUGCUCGUGGGCAUUUUAUUUUUCUUUCUGAUGCCCACGGGUCCUGGUGCAGCCUGGUUCCUCAAACCCCAUGAGCGGGAGAUAGCCACGAAGCGACUCCAGGCAGAAAGUGAAGGAGGGGAUCACACCAAUUUCUCUACAUCACAGUUGAAAGAGGUGGUUGGUGAUAUUAGGGCAUAUUUGAGCUUCCUUUUCGGUGUUCUUCUUACACUCCCCUCGCCCGUUAUUGCAUUCGCAUCUCUAAUUAUUCACUAUUUGGGAUAUUCGAACUUCGAGACAAUGCUGUAUACCUCACCGUCAGGUGCAAUUCAGAUCAUUUUCAUCUGGGUUGGGAUCAUCUUUUGCUGGCUCUGGCCAAAUCGCCGGUGUGCCAUCGCGAUCGGACUCAGCAUUGUACCACUGACUGGGAUUAUCCUUCUCUUUGCCCUCCCUCUAUCAGCGGGCUGGGGUAUGAUUGUUGCGUCUUGGCUGGCCUCUGUGAUUUCGAAUAUCUUCUCCAUCCUUCUCAGUCUAAAUGCUUCAAAUACACGUGGGAACACGAAGAAGGCAAUUGUCAACGCUUUAUUCUUCGUCGGCUAUUCCGUAGGAGCUAUUUGCGCACCACUGCUCUGGAACACCGAGUACGCGCCCCGUUACCAUAGUGGCCUUGUUUUGGCUCUGGUUAGCUGGCUUGUCUUCAUUCCCUCAGUGACAGUGUAUUGGUUUUCUUGUGUUUAUGAAAACAAACGCCGAUCCGCAAUCCAGAUGGGGGUGAGCGAGCAUGUGGCUGAGAUAGCUGGGAGGGAUAUGACCGACAAGGGGGACAAGCAGUUCCGGUACAUUAAUUAA